AUGAAGUCGGUGUACCGGGGCUUCGACGAGGAGCGGGGCGUGGAGGUGGCGUGGAACCAGGCGAGCCUCGCCGACGUGCUCCGUUCGCCGGACGCCGUGCAGCGCAUGUACUCGGAGGUGCAGCUACUGAGCUCGCUCCGUCACGACGGCAUCAUCUGCUUCCACGCCUCGUGGGUGGACGUGCCGGGGCGCAGCUUCAACUUCAUCACCGAGCUCUUCUCCUCCGGCACGCUGCGGUCCUACCGGCUCCGGUACCCUCGGGUGAGCCUCCGCGCCGUCCGGUCGUGGGCGCGGCAGCUGCUCGGCGGCCUGGCCUACCUCCACGCGCGCGACCCGCCGGUGAUCCACCGCGACCUCAAGUGCGACAACAUCUUCGUCAACGGGCACCAGGGGCAGGUGAAGAUCGGCGACCUGGGCCUCGCCGCCGUGCUCGGCCGCCGGGGCGGAGCCGCGCACAGCGUGAUCGGGACGCCCGAGUUCAUGGCGCCCGAGAUGUACGACGAGGAGUACGACGAGAGGGUUGACGUGUACGCGUUCGGGAUGUGCAUGCUGGAGAUGCUCACCGUCGAGUACCCGUACAGCGAGUGCUCCAACCCGGCGCAGAUCUACAAGAAGGUCACCGCCGGCAGACUCCCCGACGCGUUCCACCGGGUGGACGACGACGACGCGCGCAGGUUCAUCGGACGCUGCCUCGUCCCCGCCGCCAACCGCCCGUCCGCCGCCGAGCUGCUGCUGGACCCUUUCCUCAUCGACGACCAUGGUCACCGCCACCAUCAUGUUGCUGCUGCUGGCACGGUGCCAGUGCCAGUGCCGGCGCCGUUGCCAGCUGCUGUUGCCGCUGCCGGCGUUCCGCCGCCCUCGACGUGUAGUAGCUCCGCCGACGAUGUCGUCUCGGCGUCGUCGUCGUUGGACGACGACGAGGGCGAGCAUCAUCAGGAGCCACAACAUCCGCCGCCCAGGAACGACAUGACCAUCACCGGGAAGCUGAACGCGGACGAGGACACCAUCUUCCUGAAAGUACAGAUCGCCGACGAGGCGACGGGGCACGCGCGCAACAUCUACUUCCCGUUCGACAUGGCGAGCGACACGGCGGCGGAGGUGGCGCAGGAGAUGGUGAAGGAGCUGGACAUCACGGACCGGGACGCGCCGGAGAUCGCCGCCAUGAUCCAGCAGGAGAUCGGCAGGCUGCUGCCGGGGCGAGCGCAGCAGCAGCACGAGUACACGUACGCGGAACGUGACGCCGACGAUGACGAUGACGAAAACGACGAGGAGCGGCCUCCGCCCUUCUGCUGCUACCUCUCCUCGUCUCCCGCCUCCUCUCAUGGCUCUCACUGCGGGAUGGGGCCUUACGCCUGCGGAGGCUUCCCUGGCCCACGUGGCGGUGGCUGGUCCAAAGAUCAUCAUCACUGGUACGCUUUAAGCGACGACGAUGACAUGAGCUCCGUGCACUCCGGUAAGUACUCUCCUCUGCAUUACGCCUCAGGUGCCGACGAGGCGGAGCCCAUGCCCAGCUGCUGCACCGGUAGCGGCUCGUCCAAGACAAGGUUCGGCGGCGGCGGCGGUGGCUGCAGCUCCGCCGCCAUGCUCUCGGGGCAGCUGCAGCGGCAGUGCAGCAUGUCGCCGCAGCACCAGCACGCCGGGCGGCCGCGGCGUCGGGAGGACGACGACGGGACCAGCCGGCGGAGGAGGAUGACGCGGAACCGGUCGAUGGUGGACAUGCGGAGCCAGCUGCUGCACCGCACGCUGGUGGAGGAGCUCAACCGCCGCCUCUUCUUCAACACCGUCGGCGCCGUCGAGAACAUCGGCUUUCGCGCGCCCACCACCACCUCGCCCUCCGCCUCGUCGGCGGCCGCGCGCGGCGGCCUCGAUCGCGGCAUCAGGAGACCAAGCGGCGGCAAGCAGCCGCUCGACGAUAAGCAGCAGUACUUCAUGCUUUAG